GAAAGGUGGCGGCGGGGGAAGGAGCGCGGCGAGUGGGCGGAAGAGGUGAGCAAAAUAGUUCGCGGGAUGAAAGUACGAAUCAUGCGACUUGUUUUGUUUUCUUCUCAGCCAGUUCUGUACUUGUUUUGUUUUUCUAUUUUUAUACAUAAGAUGACUGUCAUCAUAAAGCGGCCCACCAGCACUACUUUAGUCACAAUUCAUUCACCAGAUGGACGACCAUCUCUCCUUUUCGAGUAAGUCUACUUCGGGAGAGGGGUUCAGAAGAAGAGAAGAAAUAAGUCUCACGACUCUGAGCACUCACUUAAAGAACGGUAUAGGAAAAAAUCGAAAUGUGCUCACCAGCUAGUAUAGAAAUGUCGAUGUUUGUCAGAAGUCAAUAAGGAUGAAAUUCCGGUUUUUAACGUACAAUUAUAGACGAUCCAAAAUGUAAGUAUUCAAGUUGUGAAUUGAAACCUUUUAUUCCAUAGCAAUCGAUGAAUCCUGUCUCACAUUCAUAGUUAGAAAGAUUUUUUGCGUGUUUCACCUGUGUAACCAAAAUAUUUCUGUAGCGUUAUGUGGACAGGAUAUUGAAAAGUAGGGACGACUCUAUUCAAACUGAAAUACAACCUGCCAUGCAGCGACUGUGUGACGCAACUACAAUAGUUGUUGUCAAUGUCGCGAGCAGGUGCGUAGCAUGGGAGAUGCAGAAGUAGCAUUACAAGCUGACAAACACGAAACGCGAACUACGAAGAUUUGUGGUUUUUGUCCAUCUCAACACUAGUCUAUUCCUAUUCGAAAUUAAUUAUCGUUAAUAUUCGAAAUUAGCAUUACAUACAAAUUCCGAUCCCCGUCGAUCAUGAUCCAGUAUUCAUACACGCAGAUAGGCGAUGCGAGUUUUUGACUUGAAAGUUAACAAGUCAAUAGCCACCAUAUCACGCCGGAAGGAAUUGUGUCGAUCAAUUGCCUUUCGCCAGUACAGUCGAUCGAGGAUGAAAAAGAAACACGGAAGCAGCUGAUGAAAAUUAAUACUAUCUAUCCCUUGUACCAAAAGCUUAUGAUGACAAAAAAAAAUUAUGACCAUGCAGUCAGCAGCUGUCUCGUCUGCAGUGCUGACAGCAGCCAGCCGCCGUUGCAGCUAUGCUAUACCCAGCUUACAGCGGCAGCGGCUAUGCAGGCUAGGUAUAGUGAGGCUGCAACUGCGGCCGGCUGCUUUUUAACGAUCAGGGGACGAAAAUGAUUGCGAUGCGAAAGGUAAAAUCUCGCUCUGUUCCUUCUAAAUAAAUCUUGCUCUGUUCCUUGCGUCAGCCGCGGGUAGUUGUGCCGUUCUUCUCCUUGUCCUUGUUUCGUAAUUGCAUACAGAACCAAUGUUGCGUUCUCUGUCGGAACAUUUUGUGUUGGAACAAGCGCAGCGUUGCUGAGUUUGUCGUUGACGCUUAGCAGAAGUUAAUAGGCCUAGAGUAGAGUAGAAGUGCAAGUCUUCGACAUUGCCGGACCACGAGUUAGUUCUUCUAGUUUUUCACAAAAAUGAGAAAGUGGCUCUGUUGUCGGCGAGGCUGGUGCAGGAGGUGGAGUUUUGCGAAAAAUUCAUCGCGCGAAGAUGAUGAUGAUGAUGAUGAAGGGCCGAAAAAGUCCUAUGGACCGACCUCUUACUGCGUGACCUAGUGCUUCCGUACAAAAACACUUUCCGCUGGUGCAUCCUCUUGGGUGUCCUAAAAUGAGUUACACCGUCCGGCGUUGUUCUCACUUUGUAACGAGGACCCCGGGAUGCGUACCUGUCGGCAUCUCCGUUAUCAUGUCCCCCUUCGCAUCGUCCUCCAUUUGCCUUCACGGCGUAAUUAGUAAGCUUCUUGCCUGUUGCCACCAGAUGCUCACUCCUACUAGUGGCAGGCGCUACGUAAAAUUUACUGUAUCCACGCAGCACCCGUAUCGAUUGACAAAAAAAGACCAGAAAAAAUGUCUGUGUGAAAGAGAAACACGCAACCAUUGUCUGCUUGGGGCAUCCGAGGUAUCUGAAACUACAUAUCAUACAAGCAUACCUCUUCAUCUGCCCCAAGUUGUCAUCUGUUGUGAGUCAUAAUAUUUUGUCUAGUUCAUGCAUACUCAACACCUGGCGCUAACGACGUGGCAUCUUCGAACUGCCCAACACGUAUACCGACAUCGAAAUUCCUGGUCUUCUCUUACAAUUGAUAGCCCUCUACGAACGAUAGCCCUCUACGAACGAUAGCCCUCUACGAACGAUAGCCCUCUACGAAGACAUAAAUAAAUAUAUACAAGCACAAGAAAAAUUCAUCGCGCGAAGACAACAAGACCUGCGAAUCGGCCACUUCUUGUGGAGGAUGCCAAAAAAACUACUUCUCGACGGUUCCACCAAAAUGCGCUUGGAGUAGUUGUGCUGAUCAUCCGAAGAGCAGGUGAUAAUGAUCCAUUGUGAGCUGCGACAUAAACGCGCCUCUACUGCAGUUCUUCUUCUUCUCUUUACGGCAGCUUCGUGCGCUCGAAGAAGAGCAACACGGUUUAUUCCGGCUACGGAUGCAGGAUCAACAUGAUCAUGAUCGUUCCCGGUGCAUUCCAUGUAUGAAUAGCUCAAAGAACCUCCCUUGAAAUUGACGAUGUUGAAGCAUGCGGGAGGAAGAUGGACAUUUAUGCGCUGCAAAUGUGUCUGGGUCUGCAAAUCUGUGAUGCUGAAUUGAGCAUGAAUGAAGCGCUUGCAAUGGCAGCCAGGCAUGACAAGUUUUGGAGACGCCUGCUGAUGCCUACCACGCAUCACAAAUUGCGUUUUUGCAUCACAAAACAAGCUCCUCUUUUGCUGCUCAUGCAACACAGAUUUUCCAGGAAUGCAAGACACGCAUCACAAGUUCCACUGUUCCAGACCGAGACACUUUUGCAUUUGAUAACGUUAUGGGCUGCACAAUCCUAUUCAUAUUCUCAAGAUACUACCUGCUCCGAUAACGUUCACUUGCGAUGAGAUCAACUACUACGUCAAGGUCCAUGUCAGUGAGUCUGGUGAUCCAUUUCCAACAUAGUGCAUUACCGGCUGGCAGUUCAUGGUGUCGAAGAAAUUACACAUCUUGACAUGCAGAAAUGGCAAUAGUGCGAGGCUCUCAAGAUGAACACUAAUUCGCAAAAGUCAAAUAAAUCGAAAACCCUUUUUUACUUCUCAUCGCCCAGACUGCUCUUGCUUGUAAAAAUCAUCUGCUUCUUCUCGCGACCUGAAAUUAAAAUCGCUUUUAUGGAAAUAAAUCUAAUCGUAUUUAGUCGUUCUGUCGGAUCGCCUCUCGUCGUCGUGGCAUCGUCUCAGCACCACUCUAUGUGUUUCAAUAAAAACAAUCGUUUUUUCAACAUCGCUUCAGGCACGGGCAGUUGUGGUUGCGGUAUAUUGGCGACCAUUGUUUCAGUACGUAGACAUAGCCCUAGAUAAUUCCUCCAUGAGACUGCCUUUGACAGCCGGCAACGUUUCUGGAAUUUAGUGUAUGAUGACUAGCACAACUUGGAAGCCCUUUUGUAGUCACUCAACAUUGUUUUAUCGAUAUACGGGUGGACGAGAAUCUAGAGAAAAAAAACCGCUUUCACUUUUCACCGUUUCAUUUUUCCAGAUAUGAUAAAGUAGUUGCCGGACGAGCAGAAAAAAAAUUUUGUAAGACACUCAGCAUCCAUCCCACCGGUUUCAGUUUCAGCACGCAAUUUCAAAGAUAUAUAAUUAUGUGUCGACUUUUCAUCUUUAGAAAGGAGUUUACUUAUUUGUACAAUUGAAGCCACAUCAGAUACGCAUGGAGUUGCAAGUGUCUACAUUCAAUUCGACGAGAAGCCCAUCCCGAUCGGAGCACAAACUUGUUGCAGCUCUGAAGGCGUUUUUACAAUCUUGCAGUCGCGGGUGGAGAUCCGAAAAACACGACAACGGGCUGAAAGACGCAUGAGGAGCGAGCAGUUCUCUUAACGAGGGUCGCAUUUUUGCGCAUGCAGUUGUAGUAUCUAAUCUCUUCCGAAAAGGGUUUGUGACUAUCUCUUUGUCUUUCGACGAGUAAAAGUUGUAUAAUAACUAACGGCAAAACAUCGACAUCGACAAAUGGAGCGACACCGACACCCCUUUAUUUUUACCUAGAAGCCAGUGACUCUUCCUUCUGAUUGUGGAACGACCCGGAGCUGUACCCUAUGGGCGACCGGCGCGACCACCAUUUCGAGCCCAACGACAAUCCCCCACGACCCGCGAUUCCAACUGAUCAAUGUAAAAAUUUUAACCCUCACCAUCCCGAUCCGCACGGUGGCAUACAACAGCCAUGUGGAGCUGCUAAUGCCGGCCGCGACUUAGCAGUGCCGGGUAACACGAAUAGACGCUUCGAAAAUAACCGUGCGCGCUUUGUCCAAGAAGAGCAUGACGUACCCACCUACCCUUUACCCGUCGCCCCAGUUCCCACGCAAGCAACGUCGGCGUUGCAUACUGCGACCACGAUUGAACAAGCGGAAGUUUGUGGCCAUGCACAGGCUUAUGCCGGAGCCGGAGACUUUGGGGCCAGCGUGGGACACCAAGCAGAAGCUGUGCAAGACCGGGCUGCCCAAAAUGAGUGGCAUGCUGCGCACGAGGCGGAGCAGGGCCUGCCACCAGAUCGGGGAAUUAUAAUUCCACACGGCCGUCGCGCUUUCCAAGUGGAGAACCGCACCUCCUACGACGGUGCAGCUGUAGUGGGCACCAGUGUAUUUUCCGCCAGCAAAAAUUAUGGAAGCUCGUACUACCAAGACCAGAACGACGCCAGGAGGCCAGCAGCGACAAGCACGAUUGAGGAUGAUGUGAUAUUAAGAAGCGAUAGAGGUGCUGGAGCUCCUCCGGCGCGGCGCUCUGGCCGCGGCCAAGUGGAAAUACGGCCUGCGGCGACACCAGAUGACCUUGACCAAUAUUCGUCCUACAAUCCGAACAGAGAGACCACCUCCGAGAGAUCUUAUUCCUUGGCUGCUCCCAGGGUCAGACAUGAUGUUGAGGACCAUGCGGGUGUCACUGAUGCCUAUCGCGACAACAAGCACAAGAACUCCCGCACAGCCACAGGGCGGCUGGAAAACAGAGAAACCAGUUUCGAAAGCAGUGCCGACUGCGAAAACGGUGACAAACAGCCCGCCGCACCGCAGGAGCGACACCAAAAUGCUGGCCAAAACGACCAGCAGCCUCAAGGACUGCAAGACUUCGUCUACCAGGCGGACUUGCCAAAGGUGGCUGUGGUUGGCAUGUCAAACGGUAAGAACGAGCUACAGCGAAAUGUGGAGUCAGUGCUUCACCAGAAGCAAGAAGAAGCUCAGCCUGUAGCUGAAGCGGAGAAUGGUGGACGUCGCGGUUUUCAUAUCAGAAAUCCUCGCGACACUACCAGCUCUGGAUGGUGCAGCGACAAGGCCGACAACCACCAGGCCCCCGUCGUCCCGGAUCCCGCACCGAUAGCUCCCAGACGCGCGGAUCAAAAGGUCGAGCCUUCUCCCGCGCCUGAUGGCAUCCUCCGCGGUGAUGCAGAUCGCCGUUCGUAUGCUGAGAUUCCUGGCGAUAUCGAGGAUCCAGCCCGCGAUGCGAGUCCUGCGAACAUAAAUGCGCAGAACCAACAACAUGCGCCCGAGCCCGUAGUUAUUACCUCCGCGAGCUGCAGCACGAUCCCCGUCUACGGGCGCCACAACGCCCCCUUUCUCAACUCCCCGAGCGACAUACCGGAGUAUUUCAACGACGAGGACUGCCGGACUUCGUUAUCAAAUGCAAAAAUGUCUGGGUCUGGAAGAGUGAGCGAUUUGUCAUGCAGCUUUUCCAUGACCCAUGAGGUCUAUAAUGCAGGACCUAGCAUGACAUAUUCUGCGCGACCUCUCUCAUGCCUAUCCUGCAUGAGAAACCCCCUCCCGACUUGGUCAAAACUGGACGACUUUUGGUAAUCAUGCAACUCAGAUUCUUGCUUGUUUCAGAUUUAGCAUGACAAGUUGCAUUCUUCCAGACCCAGACAUUUUUACAUUUGAUAUUCGUACAAAGAAAACGACUCCCUACUCUCCACGGUUGCGUUUAUCCAGCGGAAAAACAUCGCUGUGACCGUAUCCUGAGUAAAAACGUCCCCACACCAGAGUCAGUAUUGGGAUUUUGCAACACAAACCUAGGAGUUUUGGGAGUCACGCAUGACAAAUUGCACUACGCAGUGUAGCGCUGGUUAGCAAGCGAAGCCGCAUCACAGAUUCAGCUGCUCAUCCUGUUCAGAGCAUCACAAAUUCCAAAACACGAUUGGAAAUGGCUCUCAUGGGGAUGCGCAUUACAAGUCGUCCUGUCUUUGCAAAUCUGCAUUACAACUUUGGUGUGGGUACGUUUUUACUCAGGAUAGACCGCCACCGCCCGCGUUGGCCCCGGCAUGGUCAUCUGCAUGGGGGAACAGGUGGUUGACAACCAUCACGUGGACUUCAACAAGCCGACUUUAUUGCUCGAAGUUGUGAAGCGGAUCGGGAAGGGCGGGUCGGCGGAGGUGUUCGAGUGCGUGGAUUUGCGAACUUGUGUGGGAGAUACAGGAUCAACUACAACGACCUCGGGAUCGGGGAGUCGUGGGGCCAACUAUAGCUCCAACCAUGACGCGUCGCGAAGUGGUCAGCACAAUGGAACAAGCAGCAGUGCAAGUCGAAACAAGGAGCAAGCUUCUCAGUUAUCCGUUACCCGCUACGCACUCAAAGUCGUCUAUGCUCGGGACGCGAGGCAAAUGCGCUCGUUCGCCAUGGAGGUAAACUGGCUGCGAGCUUUGCGGGACAAAAAUCGGGCAGCGAAGGCCGGAACUAGUACCCAGAAUGGUAGACACAACGCGGUGGACGAGCUGCGGGUAGUGAAGAUGAUCGGCGAAGCGAAAUUUUUUCCAAAAGACUUGGUGAUCCACAUUCUGUUGGAAUUCGCGGACUGUGGUAUGGGAUGGAAAGGGUUGUGUUGGUUUGUUUGAAAGAGAUAGUUAAGUUUCUCUGAUUCUAAACAGCGAUUCAGAAGAUGGCACGCGUUGAUGCGCGCGGCAAGAAGCAGCUUGUGCAUAUUCAUUGACUCGUAGGAGUCGUGCAGCCGCAGGCGCAUGUAAUUUGUCAUUGCCAUUUUGUACCACGCGAUAGAUGAGCAUGACAAAAUAUCCUCUCCAUUGGACAACCAACGCACCUCCUUUCCCCUCCGAUACCCAACCUGCACUCCUUUCUUCGGAAAAACUACGAAAUCUUCUCUAUCUACGAUAUUCGCAAUCUCUGGCGCGACAUGGUCGCUGGCGUCGCGGCCAUCCACAGCCUCGGGUUGAUCCACUUUGACCUGAAGCCCGCGAAUUUUCUCAUCGUGGACAACAUCGUGAAGGUCUCUGACUUCGGCCUCGCGCGGGGGAUCAACAAGGAUGAGGGCAUCACCCAUGUCUCCCGCGACCGCCAGUGCGGCACGCCACGCUACAUGCCGCCCGAGGCGUUCUACCAACCGGACGAGGGGUCGGCGAGUUUGAAGAUGCGCCCGGCGGCCGACGUCUGGGCCUUGGGGAUCAUCCUCUACCAGUUGCUGUACGGGCGGGCGCCGUACGAGCAUUUAGAGGGCUGCGGGAUGCGGGCGCAGUUCGCCGUGGCGGAUUCCCGGGUCCGGAUUCUGUAUUCGAAAUCCCGCAGGUGGGAAGAGCAAGACGCGGCGCUAUUCGGCCAUCUGGUAUCACUACUGCAGGUCACGCUGCGGUGGCGGUGGGAAAGGCGGUGGGACGCGCAGACGGUGCUGAAGUAUUUGGAGACGCCAGAAGGAGAUGAUCUUCAGAAUGAUUUUGCGAAUUUGCAGCCAGGCCAAGUAGGUCGUGGAGGAACCACGACCAAGAAGAGACAGCAAAAGCUGCUACUGAAAACGCCGAAGAACCUGGUCAAUGAAGAAGACAUGAAGGGGAAGACGACGAAAUGGAAGGGCCGCCGGCUGUCGGACAUUUACGAAGAGGAAUACAUCGAUCAGACGGCGUUUUUACCGCUUUUGGCGAAACAAGAGAGCUACUCCUACAACUCGACGACUGCUCUCGAGGGCACUACCGGUGGUGAGGGAGCGGGGUUAUCGGCACGACGGCAGAAUGGUCUUGGACAGCAGGAUGACGAUGGCGCUAGUACAGGCCAAAUCGACGGAGAGGACGGGGCUUCAGCUGGCGAGGGAAAAGAUACCAGACAUGGCAAGCGAAAGUUCGAAAAUGAACCACCAGAAGAGCACGAGCCAGAGCUGGUGUCAUCCUCUGAGGAGGAGAUGGAUGGGAUAAAUGUUCAGGAACUACCUCCUGAAAGGGAAGGAGCCGAGAAUGCCUCUCUGUCACAUCAGCAGCCUCAGAAGGCGGAAGAUGACACAGGAAGAGACGUUGCUCCUGCUUCCAGGAACAAGACCGCAUGCUUGGCAUCUGCGACACAAAGUUUCGACGAGGAAGCGCAAAGAGACACGACGAGGACACCAAGUUUUUGUGCACGUGAAGAUGUUCUUGACCACGAGGACCUUACGCAAGACAAAUUUCACCCCCUGAUAGAGGACCCCUCCUCAUCCUCAACAUCCUCCGCGGGCCCCUGUGCCGCUUUUUUGGCCUCCUCGCUCUCAACCAUCAUCAUCAGCAUCGUCGCCGUUUGUCUUCUCGCUGGCGCCACGGGCCUGGCGGUGCAUAUGGGCAACGUUAGCGAGGGGAACAAACAAAAAGCAGAGCUGGGAUCAUCUGGGGACGAGUAUCCGUUUGGCGGCUUCGGCGGCGGGUAUAAGCCGAAUAUUCUGGUCCCGACACGAAUCUUCAACGGGGAUGGAGGUGGCGGUGGCGGUAGUGGUCCACAUGGAGGAAACCCUAGCGGCCCACCAAAAGCUCCUCCGCAGCAUCAGCCGCUUUCUCCUCCUACUCAGAGCUCCCCUUCAUCCGUGCUCUCGAGCUUGUUACCCCCAGGACCCGCUUACGCCCCGGAGUUUCUAGCGCCGGCGAAACCAAAGGCAAAACCCGCUGCUCCGACCCCUGGUGGUGCAGCAGGACCGGCGCCAGCACCGGCCGCUCCCGGGCCUCCUGCACACGUUGCAGGGCCUGUUUCCGCCCCUGCGCCAGUAGUGGUUCCUGCUGCUGCGGUGCCGGCUCAGCCGACAGUACCUGCUGAGCCGACCGCGGCUUCGACUGCAAGUCCAGGAAUUGCAACCAGUUCUGCUGAUUCGGAUGCUGGAGAAGCUCAAGCAGGUGAAGUACCAGCAGCAGGAGCUGGGUCACCAUCAUCUGCUCCGUCCGCGUCAUCGCCUGAUCCCCCGGAAAGUGCUGAUCAGACGGGUAGUACGAGUGGUAGUCCCAGCACCGGGCAAAGGACGAGCAGUGCUGAGCAAAACCACGAAACGGGAGCACAGCAAAGGACAAGAGAAGGCGAGGAAGGAAACCAGUCGUCGGAAACUACCAGCCUUCAUCAGGAUGCUGAGCUACAGCAAGGCCAAGAACUUAUCCAUUCUGCUGCCACAUCAAGUAUUCCUGCGCAGCAGGAGAUGUUGCCGCAGCAAGACGGAACAGACACCGCGCAAACGCGACCGCGAACAGGCACUUCCGACAGUGCGGAACUACAGUCCACGACGGCUCCGAGUAGUGAUUCGGGUUGUGGCGUUGAUGUUGGAUCUGACCAGUCGGCAGCUGCGGGUAGUGGCAGGACCGAUCUUGUUUCGGACCAACAUUCAAGUAGCGCAGCUACUCCAAUGAAUCCGAGUGUGAACAACGAGAGCGGUUCUGCGCAAGGUGCUUCUGGUACUGGAAUGAGCGAUCGUGCGGAAGGAGAAAUUUUUCCUGGUUCCUCAACAUCCACUGGGACUGCUGGCGCAGCGGGCAGUGAUAUUCAAUCUAGUCGCGAUGAGGUCGUUGCUGCUCCGCAAACUUCAGCUUCGAAUCCAGCAGCAGCUGCAGGAGGUAGUGUUAGCCAAGAAGAGCCGCGUCCGCAACCAGGUCCGAGUGCCCCUUCCGGGGAAGGUUCAGCCUUACUGGAUUCGGGUGGCGAUGGCGGGGAAGUUGUUGUGUCUAAUCCCGGAGAUUCUCCCACACCAGGCACUGAAGGAGACGUCGGACGACUGGGAGAACAUGGACGCGAUGUGAGUCCACUUGUUCCUCAUGCUCCAGCACGGGGAAGGCGGGGUGUGGAGGACGAUGUCCCUUCUAUCGGGACCCCCUCGAGGUCGAUGUCGCCACCCGGCGGACGUCGCAGCGACCGCGACGCAUCUCCAGAUCCGGGUGCCCGUCCCGGCGCGGCUACAGGCGGUGGUGGCGAUGACGAUAAUCACAGCAGUGCAGAUGAUGGUGCGAGAAAUUGUGAUGGUGACACCAAUUCGUCGGUUUGCGGUUAUGACGACCAGUUUGACUGGAAUGAAGACGAUUUCGAAGACGCGGGCUCAUCUUCUUCCCACGAUGGGGAAGAAGAUGAUCAAGACGAACAAGGAGUUGGCAGCGCUUCUGAAAAUGCGCCCGAGCCGACGUCGGAGACCGGGCGCGGAGAAGAGGACCUCCACUGUAACCCGGCCUCGCCCGCUGUUGCACCCAAUGACAACCUAUCGACAGACACUGUUCUACUUGGCCCUCUCGCCGCACAGGGCUCCAGCUCCUCAAGCUCAUCUUCGGCACGGCAGGACGCGGCAGGUGAGGUAGUCGGCACGCAGGCCGCAGAAGGCCUCGGUAGCCACGACCCACAAGCGCUUGCUGCGCUAGAUCAUGAUUUGUAUUCCAACGUUCCAGAUCUGAAGACCCGGCAAGAUCACGGGAUAAGCUGCGAAGACCUCUUCUUAGAAGUGCUGACCGAGCGCGUCGAGGGCAACAGGAAACCUGGAGAUUUCUGGAACGCAGACAUUGAUCUUGACUGGGACCAUCUCGCAGUAGCAAAUCGAUUCUUAGCAGCACAUCUUGGCAAUCAUGACCCGCCACCGUAUCCGACUGAGACGCGUUUCGAUCCUGAUACGUGGAAGGUAGAGAACCCCAUGAUUUUCUUAUUUUUCUGGCUCAGUCGCUGUAAAUGUGCGCGAAUAGCACUGAAUCCUAGCAUCUGAUGGAGAAGUGCUCGUGCGCUUUUUGCGUGAUGAUGGUACGAUACGUCGUUCUUUCGAUUGUGACGCAGGGCAACAAACUCGAAACACAAAUAAUCAGGUAAGUACAAUCAUGGCAAUGAUGCCGUUCUGCAAGAUCAAUAACACUCAGUUAUUCCAUCCGCAGUACGGAUAUCUGAAAACACGCGGCUGGCCCACUGUGGAAGCGACGGUUUACGGUGCAGAGCGUCUGCGGUCCGGCUGCGUGCCGCAAGACAAGGAAUUUUUCGUAAAAGUGUGGAAUUUCGUAUGUGCGUGUAAGCUGCCUAUUUUCAACUUGCGAGCCCACGGCCCACGAUCCUUUAUUGCAGCCUUCUUUGCAUCGUGUUCUUGCGUAUCGCUUGUGUAGCUCCCAAGCCAUAUAAUGGAGAUAUACAUAGAUAUUCAUAUUCGGCUGACAGGCCGUAUACAUUGCUUACUGUCUGAAAAUGAACGAGCAAGUGCGCUGACAUUGCAGGGUCGUGGGACGCCUACAAGAGAUGGCUGAGCGUUUCCUUUCGAUAUUACUUUCACGAAAGCUUGCCAGCCACACCGAACCGCGAUGGCUCAGGCGCCGCUGAAGGCAAGCCAGUUGUGGUGUGGGAUGAUCCAUUCGGAGUCUCGUCCCGCACCACGAUAAACACUGAGGGAACGAAUACGCUGCAGGCUUCGCUGCAGGCCUACAUUAUGGGCAACGGCGCGGAUACAGAUGCAGAAGCUCUGGCCGAGGGCACGAGGAAACAUAUUCUGCGAGAGGAGCGGUGUCGGAUCGGCAUGGUGGCAGAGUACUUGUUCCAAGGGAUGCGAUUCCUGGACGAAUUCGAAGCCUACAACUUCAGAGGAGCGCCUUACGGUAUUUCGACGUUGCAGUGCUGCAGAAUAAGGUUGUGAGCACACGUAGACUGAUCAACCGCCCACUAUUAAAUCACGCCCAGGUUCAGCAGAAUGAAUAUGUUGAAAAGUCUGAGUGAAUAUUCUUGACUUCGUCCCAGCAUGAUUAUACAUAAAGCCUAAAAUCUUAAGUACUUAAAUUAUAUCAACGACAGGUUAUUGCCUGAAUCCGCAUCCCCGCCCGAGGGAAUUCCCAUCCCGGGAAUGGCCAGAGCUUUUUCUGUACGAGACGAAGUUUCUUACUGGUCGUCGGGACCUUCUCCGAGAACCGCCACAGAUAUCUCCUAUACACCAGCACUGGCAUUAUCAUUUUCAAGAAGAGUUUCAGAAGCGCGCAGACUUUUGGCGGCGAGAGUCUACUGGCAACGGCGCGGAGUGGUCUUAUAUGCACUUCCGCUGGACUUGGAUCUGGGCACGCUACAUGGACUCUUCACCGGUAAUGCAGGGUCAGGAUUCGCUUCGGUUCUCCAGUGUUGCAAGUUUCCCCGGGUUCGAAUCCAACUACGGAAGAAACGUUACGACUUGAAAUGUUGCCGAAGAUUUACGUCUUGCAUUCUUUGGGGGCUGAGUUGGAAAGUUCAUAGAUAUCAAUGCUACGGUUGUGCUUCCUCGAUGCCGCCUCACUUGUAUGUUCCGUUUAUGCAAAUGCGUAACUGCGACCACGGAAACGAUUCGUAUUCGGUUCAGACCCCGCUGAACUUUCCAAAAGCCCGGAGAAGCAAGCAGUGAGUCUUCGCUAGUUUUUUUGUGCAUGCUGUCCUUCAAUCCGCGUGUCGAUGAGGAGAUCAAACGAAAGUUCGCCUCCGUGCUGCAGCCGCUUGGAUUUUUCUAGAAGAAAUUGUAUUUGCAGCUGACAUCGCCGAGGUGGGUGUUACGGGGAGGACUUGUGUCAUCAUAGUGCUUACUUGUGCGCAAGAAACGGGAACGGCAGCUGCAUCAUACCAGCAUCAUCUUUUUGCAGCGACAAGAAUUCAUGGUAGAACGAGGAGUACGUACAGACACACAUCCAUACGGACUUUCUCAAGCAAGUACUUUGAUUGAGACUUGAAUUGUCUUUCACAAAAUAUUGUAAGAUUCGUGGUAGACGAGGACUAGUUGACUCAUCACAGAGAUGGAAACUGAUCAUAGCAACCGCCUCCAGGGGGGCCGCCGCAUUUGCUUCCUGAUUCUAUUCAUUUUCUCGCGGGUGCAAAUGGAUGAGCAAGCUGUAUGAUCUUCGCGUGUUAUUUGAAAAAGAACGCCAGAAUGCGCGCUCGAAGACCAAAUUCAAGAUGGUUCAAAUAAUUUGUUUGAGGCACCAACACUAGCUCUUGAAAUUGAAUAAUCGCUAUGUGCGGUCGGAGGAAAGAUCAACAUCAUUGAAGUUUUGGAAGCGGCCUCUUUGCUACACUGAACAAUUACCGCACAACAAUUCAUCAUUUUUAACGUCCCCAGGAAGCAGCGACAUUUUUCUAUGGCAUACGGAAAGGAAUCCAUAUUUUAGCGGAAAUCGCCUGAGCUUGUACCUAGCUGGAUAGCAUACAUAGAUCAAUCCAGAAGUUCACAACCCUGUAUAAUCCUUCUUUUGCAGAAUACAUAUUUUAGAUACCCAUUAUUUUGUAUGAUCCGAUGUAAUAGAUGAAUUUGAUUUUCUUUGGAAGUGUGUCGUGUUGCCGUCUAAGUGGAGCUGAGUCUCAAAUUGAAUGAUGUGUAUUUGCGAAUCAAUAAUGGUACCUAAUAAAUUGGUAAGAGAAUAGCUAUAGCAUAUUUCGUCAUUGGUUCAGUUGUGUCAUGAUUGUUAGAAUUCACUCAAGAUUUUGCUAGAGAACAUCAUCAAAACGUUGCCCGGUAUGAAGAAGAAAGUCACUCCGAAGCAUUGAGAUAUAUUUGUGUCCGACCCGUCUGAACCUGAAGUGGACGUCGCGAAGACGCAACUCUCACUACUGAAAAUGAAUGUCCUACGCAAAAUCGUGGGGCCGUCGGGCCUCCUGGCAUGUGGGUUGUUGACCUGCGUGGGAGCAGUUCCAGUCCACGACGAAAACACUCACAAGAAAGAUAGGCUGCAAGCCAACUCGUCCUCCUCUUCCCGGAGGACGCGCAGUCAUGUGGAGACAUCAGCAGGAGGUCAGUGCGAACGCGGACGAACGCACUCGGGUAGCGCGUGCCGGGGUAGCGCCGAGUCGUCACACCGCACAAGAAACCUUUUAGGCGACAUCAAGGACAUUGAACCUGGUCUGCUACUUUCUGGGCAUACGGGCCUCUUAAACGAGAACAACGGAAUUCUCAGUUUCUUGUCUACAAGCGAUGCAGCCGCGAUUCUGCAAACGAGCAAGGGGAAAUCCCAAGCAGACGCACUUGGCGCAAGGAUUGCUACCACUGCGCAGGCGCAACAAGAAGAAGGCAGGUCCCUUGAAAGCCGCACGGACAGUUGCGAAGACCUGUACUUGGAAGUUCUUCGCGAAAGAGUGGGCCAAAAGAUGCCCCACGAGUACUGGAAUACAACGGUUGAUUUGGGAGCAGACUAUUUGCAAAAAUUCCAAGAAAAGGUCGAGAGACCGCGAGAAGAGGGCGGGAAACGGGUUGCGCCGGCCGCAACGGACUGGAGCGUAUUAAAGAUAGAUACUUUGUAGUCAUGCUCGUGGGUGCAUUUUUUUUCGAAACACACUAGGAUAUAAAAUCAAAUACUGGCGUGGCUUCUACGUUUGAUUUUGACGGCAAGUUAUGAUCUACGCGUCUAGUAUCAGGAGGAGAAAAAGCAGAAGCUACGUCGAUAUAAUGUAUUAGCCUGUUGAUGAUAUGCACAACGAAGGCGGCAGCAAGGGCCUUUAAUUUUGACAUCAACUGGAUAUUACUUACCCCAGGUACGACUUCUCAUGACCAUGGUGAGAGAAACGUGCAAUCCUGCUACGGUGUACGAGACGUCUGGCAGUGUUUCUCUGACAAUUCCCGCCCUGUAUGACGCUGAUAAGCUCAAGACUGGAUGUCACAAAAGCGACAAAGCGUUUUUUCGAGAAGUGCUGGAUUUUUUCCACGAACAUUCUGUGAGAGGAAAACCACGGAAGCAAAGUAAGAGUCAACAAUCCGCCACGAAGACCCGAAAUGUUGUAAUUUGGAACCCGCCAGUGGCCCAUGCAUUUUUCCAGUACAAUGGGAAGACGGAGGAUGAUACAGCUUCAGUGGCCCCUGCGGACUUUGCGAGGCCUGUGAACAUGGCGCGGAAUCGGCGACACCGCAACGUGUUGGAAGCGAGGUGCCGUCUGGGUAUGGCAACGGAACUGCUCUUCCAGAACUCGUCAAGACUUUACAGUUCGCUGAGUUUUCCGAUUAAGCAUGGUACGUCUAGUGUGGUGGAUGGCUGUUUUAUACCGUGGUCAAUUUGAAUCUGUCUCUGUUUCUGUUGAUGUGUUGUAUUUUUUUGACACAUACGACUAGUGGAAUCUUGUGUGCCUGUCAUGUUCAUAUUACGCCAUUCGGGUUUUGCUGCACAGCUCGCAUCCCGCGAUUGAUAGGUGAAGCGCUCUCUAUUUGCAGUCCGAUUACAUCCACACACUCUAUGAAUGUUCUUUAGCGCUCGUGAUCAUAAAGUUAAGCGGCAGUAAGGGUCAUUCAGAGCAAAAAAAAUUUGCUUCAGGUUAUUGCCUAAGUCCGGAGUUGCAGGAAGACUACAGACGGAACCUGUUUGUCAGCCGUGACCCCUUAAACGAGGAUUGGUAUCCACUUUUCCGGAAAAUGUUCCGCCAAUUCGCUCGCGAGUGGCGCAGAGGUUCCGAUGGAAAGAGCCUGCGCUGGUCCUAUGACCAAUUUCAGUGGGAUUGGAGAAGUUUCCACGCAAAGCGCCUUCGAAAUAUCUUCAAGUACCAAAAACGCCCUGGCCGCCGGGCAGAGCCGUUCCCAAAGAUGCUAGCGGAGAACCCGGAAAGGUACCUCGUGUUUCGGCCAACGAGGAUCGAUGACGAAUUUUAAGCUACGGUCUUGGCCAGCUUGUCACAGAGGUCAAACUCGGCCUUUUACAAUUGUUGUAGGAUAAUUUUGGGGUGCUGCCGCUGCCAUUCAUUUCCAUAGCGCUCACCCUUUUGAACGUUUUUUUUUGACAAGAACUAACUUUUUUUGUAAAAUAUUCAUAUUGUGGUCGUAUACCUGCGCCUGCCAAAAUUUGACUUUUUCUUGUAAAAGAUAUUCACUCUGGUCGCAGAUUAAGCAUUGCAAAUAAUAAAAACAAGUCCGUAUGAUGAAGUCGUCCGUCCUCAGCGACGUGCCUAUUUGAAGAUACGUAUUUUACUCGAUUGCGAUUGUUUCCGCUCCACAACCGCCGGGCUGGCGUCAGCGUUGAUGGCACCCAAGGGGGCAUAAUUGAUUUCCUCAAAAGGAAGUGGUUGUGCGCGCACGCAGAAUGAGUGCAUUGUAUGAUCGCACGGGUCGGCCUGAAUCACGUAUGGCUUAUUUAAUGGAGCGCCAUAUAGAUAACUGCCUGCAGGAAGCAGAGCGACUGUGCUGGGCUCAGGUCACUGUUGCAGCCGCUUUGGAGCAGUGUUCGUUUCAAAUUCAGGAUCCGAAAUCCACGUUCCGAUUAUAACGUCGUCACGCUAGCUCAAAAGACCAAAAUUGAAAUUCAAACUCUUCGCUCCUUUGAGUCUGUAUCGAUUUAUGUAUGAGCCACUCCACCACCGACGCCAUUGAAGGUGAAAUUCGGUUUUACGUUUACCUUGUAUUUGGUUCCCACAAAUGCAAAUGGAGGAUCAAAAUGAGCAAGAGCAUUUCCCGCGGUCUAGUCCGCAUUCUGUUGCUCCCUAGUCAAGAAGACCUGGUCUCCCUGCAUAUUAGACAAUCGGAUCUCGGACGCUCAUUGAUCUUAGAAGAAAAUUGAAAUCCGAACGAAGCACAUGGAUGUUCUCACAUACUGUAUGCAUUGAAAGGCUUUCAAAAAGAUGAGUUCCUGUCUUUCUAUGAAAUUUCAAUGCAGGAGAAGCGUGUCUCGUCAAGAUCAAUGGCUAAGUAAUCAUCCGGGAAUUUUCAAGGAGCAACAAAGUUUUUACAACCUCAACUGCCCUGUGCAGUAUUUUCUUUUGAUCGGAACCGCAGGCGGGGUAGGUAAUCUAAUGUAUUAACCUAUUUUCAGAUUUGAAUUUGAUCAAUACUGCUGCUAGGGUUUUCGUUAAAAAUACAGCCAAGGCUUUGGCUUUCGCGAGAUUUUGAUAGGCUUUCGUAGUUGUCUAUUCCUUGCGGAUCUGGUUUCCAUAAGUAAAUAGCACUAGCAGGUAGAUCUAGACAUCGUGAGACCGCGUUGAGCCGUCCCUGUUUGGAAUAUGACGUCUUCUCGUUAUCGGCAUCGGCGCGCCUCCGUUGGUGGCCUCUUGCGGCCCCUAUCGGUGUGUUCCAUUUUGGUUUCUUUGGUGCUAACUUGUGUACUUGCGCGUGCGCUGUCUUCGGCUCAUGGUAGCGGUCCACAGUCCGCGGGAGGAUCGGCCAGCGCGGCAUCAUCUUGGAGACUUACUGCACGGAGGAAUCAUUGUGGGAAGUGUGAAAAUUGCGAAAUCUACAUGAAUGCUUUCGAGGAGCUGAGGAAAGGGACCCUGCGGGCUUCUCGCAACCAUAAUGGCUUGGGCCUCUCUACUACUGAAUCCGACAGAGUUAUGGCCGAUUUGUUCGAGAUCUUGGGCCGCGAAUUGGCGUUGCUGCAGGGACAGAGCAUCGAGAACGCCCUGGUUCCUUGGGGCAAUGGGCUUGAUGUGCAACCGGAACGGGUGCUCCGACACAUCCUGCGCUUGCGUGGAUUAUCGGAUCAUCAGACAUGGAAGGCAGCCCUGACAACAUGCCACCAGAUGGUUUUUAGAUUCGACGAGAGCAUUCUCAUUGAAUCGCCACAGAUGAUUUUGCUCCCUGCCUGCAUGCGUAUAAUUGAUUUUCAGCUUUAUUGUUUAGCGCAAGUUGACGUUUAUUUUCAGAUUCACAGUCACAUCAACCAGCGCUGCUUGCUUCUAUCUUUUGCGAUCUUGUUAACUUCACGAAGCUGAUCAUGUUACAUGAAAUCUGGGAAAAAAUCCGUCUAUUCGGGUCGUUUCCCUACGGUAGCAAUUAUCUGCAGGUCUUUAAUACACCGAUAUUCAUAUUGAUAUUGUUUGGUGGUUCUAGAGCCCAUAGUUCUGAAUUUUGAUUUUUUCUGUACACAUCAAUGCAUCACAGGGGAAGCUCAAGCGGCAGAUCCGAGGCAGUUUGAAAUGUGGAAACGCACAGAGAUGUUGGAGUUUACGGAAGCUGACUCACCAGCGGAGCAAGCAAGAAAAAAGAGAGAGCGGUAUUGUCGCUUGAUGUAUGUGAUGUACGUCGGCAAAGACGGCCCGAGCGGUGGCGCCGACCAGGGCGUAGUUGUGUACCAGAGAAAUCGCGGAAAGGAUAUGCUCGACGACGAUUUCUUCGUGAGGACGCAAUUGGACCAUGCAAAAAAUGACUGCAGGGAGAUGCCAGGUAGAACUAUGAUCUUGUGUAUUUCGCGAGAGUACUAUGUUGCGCUUGUCUGGGUGGUUGGUCAUUUUUGGAAGAUGGGCAGCUCGCUCGUUUGCACGAAUAAGCACCGUCCUGAAUAUCUGUGCACGAAUAAGUACCGUCCUUGUAAGACGACCCAGUACAUAAACGGGUUUAGGGUUCCGGCUUUUGUUCAGGCCAGAGAGGCGUCCACGCUGCUCUUUCCUAGUCGUGUGCCAGGCUGCGAACAGAUGUAAGCCCGCUCCUGUCUAUCGAGGGACUGAGUAAGAGGCUCCGCCAAUCACCACCUAACUCCUGUCCUGUCCUGCUAGAUCUCAAAGUCGCGGUCCGUCCUAGUCUGGCACUGUACGAAGUUGCGACUGCACGCGCUCAAUGACGAAAAACAAAAACGUCAGGUCCUGAUGCUACAGCGUCGUACGCAAAGUUUGUGCAGCUUGGUGUCUCAACAUGGGGCGGUGGCCGUACACGUCCUCGAACAGCUGGUAGAGAGCCGGACUUUUUGGUUGUCGCGCCAACCUUUCCGGUUUUCAUGGGCCGCAGACUUAAACAUGCGUUUUGGCCAGUGCUCGGCGCGCUUCGUGCGUAUAAGGAAAACGCUGAUCGGCUUCCGGGAUACACACCGCUUCCGGAGAAUGGCAGUCUUACAAGAGCGCGCUUUGAGAGUCUCGCAGAGCAUUCUCUGCAACCAGGAGGACAGAUCGCGGCACCUGAGCCUGAUCCUCGAAUCAACAACACCAUGCACCACUUUUCGUUCUUCGAGCCAGCUAUUACGAAUACAUUGGCCGGCAACGUAAUUAGUAUGGGCAUCAUCCACAGUGGGAUAAGCGAAGCAUUCCAAACACUGAGCAUCCAAGCCGGCCCUGCUCUGCCCGCCAACUUGGGCCUUCGACUUGGGUUUGGCACGCCGCCGCGUCCAGGUACUUGUAGUUCUAGCUUGACUCUACUUUUCAUUUAGACAAAGGAUCAACUUGCGGCUGCCUGCAAUAAACGGGACUUGUAGGGCAGAAAUGGCAAAGAAUGUGACUUCUAUUUGCCGGGAGGUAAAUCUACGUAUGCUAUGAUGAAUGGCAUCACAUGGAAUCUCGUCUUCGGCAGGACAAGACGGCUAAGAUGGAUACCAAUUAUGCAAUCGAUACAGGCCAUCCGCCGCCAGGAAGUGGUAAUGAUGGCAGAGGCGACUUUUUUCCGCCCGGCGAUGAUGACGAUGGUGAUCAGCCUGGGGGCAAGAGAAAACCGGGGCCCGCAGAUGUGAAAAGAAAGCCUCCAACAAAGACAUCCCGUGGUGGGACAGGGACGGGUAGUCGCGACGUUGCGUCGCCAUCGACCACAGCCGGACGGCGCCAGGGACCUGAAGGGAAUGCAUCGCUCACCUUUUUGGGCGUCGUGGUACUUGGGAGUGAUAAACCUGGAUCAGCGGUAGGAUGGUGGAACAAAGAACAGCUGACACGAAGGCAGCAGAGGCUUGACUUUGGAGAAACCCUCCGAAUGGCCGUUGCGAACGCAGCGCCGAGGCUGGGGCUCCUAUUCGCGGACAGCUACCUGUUCGUUCGUGGGCUGGACCGAUUUGCAGGGAAGACACUGUCGUCAAAGGAGCAGGAAGAGCAGGAUGCGAGCCAGGUAUCAUCCGAUUUUAUUUUCUCGGGCCUGCAGCUUUGCACGUCUUUUUUCAGAAUUACGCAGUAUAUCGUAGACCCAGACUCAUGUAUAUGGCUACGGAGGCGAGGAGUAGGCCUAUGGUUUUACAGUGUUAGGAGAUUUUUUGUUUGGUGAUGUCUCCAUGUUGUCAGCACUAGUUCCUCGUAAGCACCAAGUUGAUAUAAUGGGGAAAACAAGGACAUGGGCUUUCUAAUUGUUUGCGUGUAGUAGUACUGCUCAUGAUCUGACAUAUUGGCUGAAAUACGAAAACAGCUGGCGCUGAUUGCCCGCGGUGCUAGAAACGAUGGCGUUUUGACGAUUGCAACCUGGAAACGCUGCGAGGCAGAGCUUUCUUCCGGACAAAUUUUUGUCGCCGGUGUCCUGCUUCAGCAGCUUGCGCGACUCGCGGGUGAGAGUGUACAAGGCACUAUCGGCGGAGGCGUGGCUAUGCACGUUGCUGCCGUGUUUGAAAAUAUCUUGGCGUGGAGGAAAUCCCCUGCGUCAGAGGAUGUUGGCGGGCGCGUCGCAGCUGAAAGAGACACGAUUGGAAGCAUCGCAGAAAUGUUCGCCGGCACAACCGACAUUCUUAAUCGGGAACGAGCUCUCACUACACCAGCGGAGACUGCUAAUGCCCCCACCAUGGUGGUUGGGCAGCUGACCAAGCCUCCAGCCUCCCUUUUCCCAAAGGCAGCCCAAGGAAGUACAGGGACCGCGGGCCGCAGUUCGGGAGGCCCGCCAAGGACAGGAAUGUCUUCCGGUCGCAGUGGUGCUAGUAAAGCCACCUUAAGUAAUGUCAGCCAGCGCGACUCUGGCAGGGCCGCGCGGCGAUCUCGAACAAAAUCGCCCGGAAGCGACGGGGCGAAGAAGGCGCUGGUGCUCGACCCUCCCUCCGUUCGGAGCGGUAGCAGGCUUCGGCUACACUCUACAGACAAAACAAAAUGGGAGCAGCGAGCGGACGUAUUGACAAUCGGGGGUUACCGUGAAAUUCCUGAAAAGAAAUUGGACGCCAGCAGCGUGCAGAUUAGCUUUUCAGAGCCUAAAACAGAUGAGCUCGACGCAGAGGAGCUUGCGGAGGUGUCCGGUGAUGAAGAAGACUCUGGCUCCGCGUCCACCAGUUCUAGCAGUAGUUCAUCUAGUACCGAAUCCGAGGAACAACAGAAGAAGACGCACGCUAGAGCCAACGCAUCUUUGGAGCACCUGCAACAGGAGCUCGGCACAAACCUGUACGACAAUUUUUUCUUGUCCUUUAUGAACCACAUCCGCAGGCGGAGCGGCAGAUACGAUAUAGACGCGGAACACAUUUUGCGACACUUGAUUUUCAAACUGGGUCCCCGCCUUCAGGACUUGCCCUUGCACAAUGGAGGGUUCACCCACGCCCAAGGAUUCAGUCCGACAAAGGUGCUCCGGGAAAUUGCUUAUCUCGCAUAUUUAUCACACGGAAAAAUGUACCCGCUGGGACGCCAUCUAUUGUUUGUCACUCCCAUACCCAAACGAAUGCAGCUGUACAAGAUGAUACGCGCCUGAUAAUACGGCUAAAGCUAAUCAACCGAGAGCCGCGCUCAUGAGGAAAAGAGACGGGGUUUGCAUUGCGAACAACACCAAACUUUAGGAAUAUAAAUAUAUUGAUCCUCGCCACAGCACUGUGGAAGAUGGAAUGCGGUGUAAUUUAAGAAUGUCUCCGAUCAGCAAAAGUGAAAUGAGUGGUGUCAGGCGGGAGCUUUCCGUGUGACAACAAGAACUUCCGAUGGACGAGUGGAAGAACCGCGUCGCCCGCUGCACCGAGAUGAUCUUUGGUUUCGACACGGGCCCAGACCAGCACAUCUAUGUGGAAACCAGACAGAUGGUUCUGAUACCAGCCUGCGUCGGUAUAAAUAUAUUUUGGAAAAAAAUAUUAGCGUAGAUUUCUUUGCGAGGCGCCAUUUUUCUCGCAUUCGGACACCCUUGACAAGUAGCCCUGCUUCAGUUGCUCCGCGUGCACUGUAGACACGUCAACUUCAAUUUUUUUUGAGUUUUCGUGCUUGGGCAAGUAGGUCGGUACCCAACAUAGACGGCCAGGCCCCAUGCUGCAGCCGCCUCAAUUCUUUUCGAUAAACAUUUCAUGAUGAUCUAAAACCCCGCAGCUGAAAUCGAAAAGUGGGAAAAAACCUACCUCCCCGGAGACGCAGCCUCCCUUGACGAGAAGAAGAGUCGCUAUUGUCGGUUGCUCCACGUCAUGUACUCGACGGCGUAUGAAAAUGCGUACAGAGCUCCAGGGAAGCGUUUUGUCUUUCCGGCGAUAUACAUCGACGAGGCGUUUCGAGACGCGGCAGAUGUUUGCACCCCACCUGGUACCAUCAUUGUUUGGGUUUUGUGUAAGUUUUUGCAUAAAAGGUUUCCAAAACGUUAUCCGCGUUCUUUCUGGACGUGUGGAUAAUUCCUGCUCUGUUCUCACGAAUCUCCAAAUGCCGCCAGAUUUGCAUUACAACAGGCAUGUUUUGAAUUAGAAUUACUAGCACCAAUUGUAUUUCGUUCUCGAGUCUGGGAACUAAAUAUCAGUUUGUACCUAUAGUACUCGUCAUGUGUAUAAUUUCUUCUCCGAAAACAUCUACAGUCCGGCUGGACCUUCCUCAUCGAGAAAACGGCAAGCUUUUCUACGCGACCCUGAAAACGCAGCUGCAUGCGAAUGGCCCCAUGAUGGAGGUGUCCCGAGCGUUUCCAGUUCUGCGUGACGACACCGUAGGGGACCUGCAGAAGCGGUGUGCGGCCGCGUUGGAAGGGUACGUCCAGCAUGCCAACCGCACGGGCGGCGAGGUUUGGGCAGACCUGGUCUUGUCACGUGGUAUGACCGCGUGGUCUGACCACGUGAAGAUAUUGAGAAGCAAACCGGCAGAUGCUUUUCGGGUGUUGCUGUGGGAGGAGGUUCGUGAACCCCAGCAUGGCAGCAACGGCCCUAGACGUGGGAAACUUUGGAAACGGUGGGACAGGUUGCGCGACCAAGUAGCUCCCGGUCAGCAGGAGCAGGACCUUUCGUGGGAAGAAGUCUCGCGACGUGAUCUACGCCGAGUCAUUGAAGCAGAGAAGCGGGGAGAAGUCUUGCGCGAGCAGCGCGGAAAGGAGUACGAGUACCUCUCCGGUACUUUUGCUUUCCGAGACCAGGGGCGAUUGCUUGUGGAAGUUUUGCUGAGGAGCACUCUGCCGACGCGCCUGAGGCCCGGGUGGAGGCCUUUUGAUGAGGAGCAAGCAGGAGCAGAAGACGAGGCCCCAUAUCCAAAUCCACCUUUCCCUGUCUACAAAGCCGAACUAGAGUUGGUUCGCUUUCCGCUGAAGCCUGGGCAGUUUUGCCGAGGUAAGAACUGACACUUUCGCUGAUCUUUGUUGUAUGUCGUGGGAAGUUUAUUGACCAAUGCAUGAUCUCUGCCAGCCCGUGGUGUCUUGUCGUGAAUAUCUGGUUGGUACACCACGUUCCCCGGCCGAGAUGGAAAAAUGCUAUUAGAUUGUAGGACCUAAUUCAACAUAGUGCAGUGGUGAGGCAGUGACAAUGAUAUAAAAUGCCUUUGCAGGUGGUCACCCUUUUCGCUCCGACGGUGGGCACGACGGCGACAGCAGUGAUGCUGAUUCUUCGGGGUCUGAGGACUGGAUGCAACAGCUCUUGCGGGACCAGUCGCUAUGGACUGGGCCGGUGUACCGUCGUAGCCGAACGGCCGCUCGGAAGUCCACUCCUAGAUCGGGCACUUCAGACGAGGACUUGCCUGCUCGUCGCGUGGCCUCGACCAGCCCGUCUUCACGUCUAAUCGAUCUGCCAGAAAAGGUCCGCCUCCCCUUUCCCCCUCUGCGCCUCCCGAUCCCGGCGGCCCCGCUCUCCGGGCGGCCCCGCUCCCCUUCGCCACCACCACGGCCAUCGGCGCGCGUGACGCGGGCUGGAUUGCCUGCCCCCCGCUCCCCUUCGCCACCACGACGGCCAUCGGCGCGCGCGACGCGGACUGGAUCGGCCGCCACAAGCAGUGAAUCUGGGCAGCGGAGGCUUUCAGUGCGGCAACAUCGUGGUCAGCACGACGACGUUCGGGAGAAAAAAGUAAAAAGACGCGGCCUGACACGGGACACCGUACUAGGACGGUAUGGCUUGCCUGCAGGUCCACCUCUGCCGAAGGAAGAGGUUGUACAGCGACGCUCGCGCACCCACGCUCCGCACUGCGUCCAUGCACAUACCCAGAGCGAGCCAACAGCUACGGGCAUUGACGCAGAGACCCAGAGCGAACUCGCACUAGCUGCGCCUGGGUCACCGCACUGUAUUGACGCCGAAACGCAAAGUGAUUCAGCUGCCCCAGGUUCGUCUGGGCUGUCCACUCGCAUUGAUGCUCAGACCCAGAGCGAGCCUGCGCCUGGUCUGCCUGUAGCCCCGGCCGCGGAAGCUGCUCCGACGGAAGAAACGUGCCUUAUCACCCACGAGCCACCGGCGCAAAUCAUUCGGCGUGGACAGUUUCAAGAGAUCAAAGACCUGGUCGCGCAGAAUUUCGCAGGGCUGUGGGAAAGACGGGCGGCGCCGCAAAAGUUCCUUGCCGCUGUAGCACUUCUGGCUGUCAUCGCCGCGUUCGCAAUGGCGCAGACGCAGAUUACCGCAAUGCACGGUCUUGGGUCCGUAUUCAAAUGAAAUAAUUGUGUGCUGUUUCCCGCGGAUUUUAAAGCCGGCUCUGUGAACCAAGUUGCUGGACCUAGUUUUGCAUUGAAGACCUUCUUGUUUGCACAUGCAUGUGCAUCGUACUUCUUUGGCCAAGAAUUGUCUUUUGCAUUAACUUCUAUCUUCCGAAGAAUGUUCAUCUAGCCAGACCAGGCACGACCCGAAAAAUUUUUCCGAUUCGGCUUUGAAUGAUUCCGCGAGAGGAAACGGUGUUUCAUUUCGAUACCCCGCCAUGCGAAAUCUGAGUCUUGGUACCGAUUCGGCCGCACGGACUCCUGAAAGCGAGACAAGCCACAUACGGGUGCAGCAAGACCACGGCCCACAAACCGCAUCCACAUCCAGUAUGGCGCACUACUGCCUCAGUAACGGAGCUGCGGCUGCGCGCCAUUGUACCACUUUCGGAAAGCGGCAGCCUUCGUGCUGCAGUUUGUCGGAAACUGAUCUUCAGCAGUCCCACAAUAUGACGAUGGUGGUCCCUACCUCGUGCGAACCGGGGAUCUGGUCGCACCUCGUGGACGUAAUCACAGAGGAGGUGCAGCGGAAAGCAGCCGAUGCGGGAACCGAGCGCGCCAUUACGAACGGCGUGGGGCUCUACGGGCUCUCACCCUGCGAGAUACGGGUUGAAGGAGAGCAUUAUGUCCUGGAGGCCGAGUUCUGUUCACCAGAGGGCCACCGCCAGGUCGUGUUGUGCCCAGAUCCAGGGCACGGCGAAGCGGCCUGCGUGCAGCGCCGCGGGGCCGGGGAUAAGUGGGAGGUCGAUGAAAAACUCACCCGCAACUGCCGUACCAGAGAGAUGAGCAAUUUGGUGGCCGGGCUCUCGCGUUUGUCCAUCGACAGACCAAAAACAUGCUCGCCGGACGGGCUGCUGCAUGCAGUAGACGAGGGGGAACCAAAGCCCGACGAGAAAAUGCGCAAGCGAGCACUGAAAAUGUUUCGGGGAGUGGUGGAAGACAUCUACCACCACUACGUCGCGCCGUUGGUUUACGGCGGAAAACUGCCCGCGUCUGCCGAUGUCCGAAAGCGCGGCGUGCACAUGACGCUUGCGCGGAAAGAGAAGGCGACGUAACGAAGGAGCUCAAGAAUUGGUGAGGAGUGGCAGUAGACGACGGAAAGAUUGAUGAGGUCGGGCUCCGACUUGAGUAUUAAAAAGAAAAGUUCUCGGCUGUAUGGAAAAUGCUAACGAACGAUCUUUGCGCGAGUCUCGUUGUUGCUGCGCGUAGUCUCGCAGCGCAACAAACCUGCUUGGAAAUGCAAGUGCAUCUAGAGGAACUGCUGUAUGUAAAGCAGCAGACGAGUUACAGUAAAGUAAGAAGUAGCCUGAUCAUUACAGUAAAGAAGUAGUAUCAGUUCAAAUUUUUUGAGACACACAGUGAAGCCUUCGUCCUUAGGUUGGGUUUAGUGAUGGGCUAUGUAUUGUCUCUUUUUCAACAUUUUAAGCCGCCACUAUGGCUCAAAAACAAAAUCAGACCUGUAGAAGUGGGCUGAUAUGAUGUAUGAAAAUAUGACUGUGAUCCCGUGCGUUUGGUUUAACGAGUAAAGUAGUGCUGUCCAGAUGAUGUCCAUUGCUGUCUUGUUUUGUUACUGGGAGGGACAUCCGAGACACGCGCGCCGCACCUGAUGAAGAAGUAUCUGUUUACCUAUUGAAGUUUGAAACGAGUACUUAGUUCGACGAGAUCUAGCACCAUGCCGACUGAUGUAAAAAAGCUGUGUGGAACGGAAACGGUGGGAUCCAGUCCUUGACUGGCGUAUUUUUUGGGACUAGCAGAAAGAUUUUGCGACGAAAAGAAUAUGUUUUUUUCAAGUAGAAGUAGCCACAACCUUAUUUAUACAUGGAGUACUCGCAUCAAGCACUAUGGCACAUCUGAAAAGGUCUGUACUUCAAGGACACUACACCUCCAGCGUUGUAGAGUGAAGAUUUGUAAGAUUUACAUGUAGCAGUACAACUGUAUCCACGUGGUGGUGCAGUUCUUUCCUCCUGAAAGAGUAAAAGUUGAGUAAAAGUAAAAAAGGUGGAUUAAGAGUACAAGUUAACGAACAAAAGUAAAAAAGAACAUAUGAAGUUUGGUAAACCAAGUAGCACAUAUAGCUGAUCUUGUUGUUGUUUUGAAAGGUGGAAAGAGCGUAGUUGGCGCCCAAAUGGUCGAAGGGUAUGUACGAUUUCAAUUUCCAUGACCAAGAGCAGCAUGAAAACCCGCCACUGCGAGGCAAGGUAAGACAACGUCAAAAGCCCCAGUAGCCGAACACCUGCCGCCUCCCAGCUUGGACUCCCGGGUGAUCGAAAUAAAGGCGAGGAGCGGCUUGUUCCAGCUGUCGUUGAGUUUCACGCCUGGAGACGUUUUUGUUGUUCAAAAGUCCGUCGUCCUUUUAGUUCUCGUCUAACCGGAGCAGAAGUGUUGUUGAUCAUUAUCCACAGUACCCAGUAGAGACCUGUCACUCACCAGAAGGGGCCACUACUUGAAAAAUGGUUAGUCGGAUCUAAGCCUUGUAAGUGUGAUGACCACACCAAAGUGAUGGGAUCCAGCAUUACUUUAACACAUAAGCAGGUCAAAAGAUUACUAAUAUAGGUUUCUCGGAUGACGAAGCCUCGUCUUGGAUUUCUAAUUAUGCACACACAGCCAUAAUAUUAGACCAAAGUUAGACAAAGAUGGAAAUCAAUACGAACAAAGCAACUUUGGCUCGUUCAUUAAGAAGUGCAACCUCUGAGCAGUGUGCGAUCUCACUUGAUGUUGAAGAUUCUGGUAUAGGUAUCCACAGGAGAUAUGAGCUCCUUCAUUGUUUAUCACCCCCUUUUCUUGUCCACCAGCGGCGCCGACGCAUUAAUUUCUCGCGGCUAGUAGACAAAUUGUAUGAUUGAUGUUGUGAUACUAGAGCGUUUUUUUUCACGGUAGAAGUGGUGCCCCUGAGUACUUACGUCACUAGGAAGCGCGAGUGAGUUCUUGCUUCCCCAUCAGCCUACGAGAAGGUGGGAGAAGGAAAAGUUACACUGUCGAAAGCACAAUGCGGCAUCGUCAACACCUGCAGCAGUUCUUGCUGUUCUCUUGGUUUUCCCUUUCCCACGCUAGUACAAAGAGUAGAGGAGUACGAGCAGCGGCUGCAGCUUCCGAAACGUCCGAUACAGCUGUUCCAGCUCCAUCUGCUGCUGAGAAAGUUGAAAUUUGUUCUACAAGAGCCCGCCUGGUUCAAACAGUGCGACACGUACUGAGAAAAACCUGCGCCGGGCGCUUGAGGCCGCAGCAGGACCGAGGGCGAGGGGCGGCGAUAUCUUCUACAAGCCCAAAUAUUUCUGCAGGAGGGCGACGACGAACGCCACAGCCGAGUGAGCUGCAAAAAGAGGAUGGACUGCGAGAGCAACGUCGCCCGGAGCCCGACCAAGCGAUCGACGAGGGCAUUGUCGAGGACAGAACGGGCACAUCUUAUCGCAGGGGCGCGAAAAAUAUUGCGAUUCAGGCUUCCACCGGUGACAGCUUUAUUCGGAUGAUACCGGGCCCGCCGCCAGGUACCCAGCGUGGAGAUUUCGUUUCGACAUUCGGAAGCGAUGGCGCCUCGUCAAGAGGGACUACGAGUGGAGGCACGGAGAUCCGGACGGGGCAAGAGAGCGACAGCGAGUCGGCAAGCCGUGCUGCUAACGUAGGAAGCCGGGCGGGGGUGAAGAUAAAGCUGAACAGAGCCGAUUCAUUACCGAAGGAAAAACAAAAUUACGCUGGAAUGCAGGUAGAGGCCUUACAACGGGAGGACAGGCCCGUCAGAAUGGAGCAACCCGUUGCCGUACCGGAAGUGCGUAGGGAUCUUUUGACCGAUAUCAAACGCGUACAGCCGGGGCUACUUCUCUCUGGACCAACGGGUUUUUUGAAUGAGCAGAACGGCAUUUUGAGCUUCUUAUCCGCUGGGGACGCAGCUGCAUUGUUGGGAACUGCCAAGCCGAAUUCGGAAGCAGACGCAACCGGUGCGCAACUUGCUGCCGCCGCCCGCGCCCAGAAGACUCUGGGUAGAGCACUAGAAGACCGAACGGAUAGCUGUGAAGACCUCUACAUAGAGGUUUUGCGGGAGCGAUUGGGCACAAAAAUGCCUAUUGACUAUUGGAGCGACACUGUGGACUUGGGCAGGGAUUAUUUACAAAAAUACCAAUCUGAAGUUGAAGUAUCUCGAGCAGAGGGUGGCAAACGAACUUCUGCGGCCGCUACGGAUUGGAGUGUACUGCCCUUUUGUAGAGCCAGCACAUUUAUUGAUAUGUUUCCCUUCAGCUCCGUUUUUUUUCGCUCGCCUGCCGUUGCCACUUGCGCGCGAUUAUUCUCAACGCAAGGCGAAGGUGGUGCGAUCGUGUCGGCAAUGCACUCAGACUCACUUCACUGGCUGCCACUGCCUGUGCGUUACUAGCGCUUGCCCUUUGAAUAGAUACUAUCUAUGCAUCUGUAAAAUUUCAACUCUAACCUUCUGUUUCAGGUACGAUUUCUGAUGACCAUGGUUAGGGAGACGUGCAAUCCGGCCACGUUGUACGAAACUGCAGGCAGUGUGGGCUUUUCCAUCUUGCCGACCUACGACUCGGACAAGCUUCGAAAAGGGUGCCACAAAAGCGACAAGGCAUUUUUUCGCGAGGUUCUGGAUUUUUUCCACGAAGAAUCAUCUGCGACCCGAAGUGCAACGGUGGAUAGAAGCAAAAAAACUCAGACUGCAGCUGUUUCGGUGCGACAUGUGGUAGUUUGGAACCCACCGGUCGCGCACGCUUUUUACAGGAAGAGCUGGAAGGCGUCGGAAGGCCUCCCUGUUUCUCCGUCUGACUUCGCUAGGAAAGUGAACAUGGCGCGGAAUCCAAAUCCGUUGAUUUUGGAUCGAAGGUGCCGUGUGGCUAUGGCAACGGAGUUUCUGUUUCAGAACUAUGAUCUUGUGUACAACUCGCUGCCAUUUCCGGUGAAGCACGGUAAGUCGAUAAAUGCGUGUGUCUUCGUUGAGUGAUGGGAAUGUGUCCGUUACGGCUGCCUACUGGACGUACGUGGAUAUCGAUAUACCCACACUACAGCAGGCCGCGCACAUAUUCCCAUGUGAAACUAGCUAUCCUGUGUACCCAACCCUUCCCCUUGAGGCUUAUCUUAUUUGCUCCUCCUCUCCGACUAUGCCUGGCUUCGUUUUGGUUCUGAAUCGCUGUGGCGUGAGCACCUGGCCGAGCGAUGGUGCGAGCCGUGCUAUUCUUGUUCGACUGGUCUACCUCGACGAGGUAGACCUUUAUUUGUGUCUAAAACUAAUUCGAAGGGCAACAUAUCCAUAAACAAUACAGGUUACUGCCUGAACCCAGAAUUGAUAAAUGCUACCGACCCACGUCUCUGGGUAACGCCAGUUAGAAGGGAACCGCUAGACGAAAACUGGUACCCAUUUUUCCGAAAAAUGUUUCGGAAAUUUGCAAAGAAGUGGCGGAGUGGCUCCGAUGGUGUAGGGCUCCGUUGGUCGUACGACCAACUUCAGUGGGACUGGCGAAGCUUCCAUGCACAGCGCCUGCGAGAUCGUGGAUCAUACGAGAAGCUUCUCGAUAAACGCGCGCCACUUGUGCCGAAAAGGCUCACUAACAGUCCGAAAAGCUAUCUGGUCUUUUAUCCUUCCAAAAUCUACAGCGGAAGCGAGUCUCAGGAACAAAGCUGAUGUGGGGUACAGGCUUGAAUACGAUAUGGAAUGCACGAUGAAAAAUAUCCGAUUUUUUUAGCAGAGUGCGCCUUUGUAGAUGUAGGUUUCCGUCGUGGUAUAGUCUUGCCGGCGCAAUGGAACUGGUCAAUAACCAAGGCUAACACUUAUGCUACAAAUCUAAAGACAGCUCCGUUUUUGUUCAGAAGGAAGUGCUGAGCAAUGUCCUCCGGCAGUGAAGAACCUAGUUCGUGUGGUAUGUACGAUUUCAGUUUCCAUGAUCAAGAGUGACAACCCGCUACGGCGAGGCAAGGUGGGG